AUGGUGCGUUUUUUUUGCGGUGGGGAAGACCUGGACGAGUCCUGCGUGACGACCAUGUACCCACGCUCACCAUCGCCUCAGCGUGAGCAAGCGCAAGAGCAGGCUGAGGCCCCUCCGCCCAUGACCAAGGAAGAGCAGAAGAGGAACGAUCGAUUUCAAGAUAACAUCAAGAAGGCCAUGAAGACAGAAGCCAAGGAGCUGAAAAAGAUCGAGAAGGACAAGGGUGGAGAAGACGAGGAUGGCAAGAAGGAGAAGGACAAGAAGGAGAAGAAGGAGAAGAAAGGAAAGGAAGAUGAUGAGAAGAAGGAAAAGAAGUCCAAGAAAGAAAAGAAGGAGGAGAAGAAGGAAGAAUCUGAAGAUGUGAAGAUGGAAGAGAAAAAGGAGUCGAAGAAGGACAAAGCUGCUGAGGAGAAGAAGGGCAAGAAAGACAAGGAGGAAGAGAAGGAGAAGAAAAAGAAAAAGAAGAAAGAGUCCUCCUCAUCAUCAUCAUCCUCUUCCUCUAGCGAGGAGGAGGCCAGCAGCGACAGCGGCGAAACCGUCAUGGAAGAACAGGUGGAGUGGGUGGAGAUUCGUCCCAGCACAGCGGGCGACUCGAAAUACGCCGCCGGUUACAACUACGAUUCAGAGGAUGAAGGCUUUGGACCAAUGCCUGCGAGCCAACAGGAGCUGAUUAACAACAUGUCGCAGAGCAAGGGCUCCUACGGAGGCUAUCUGCUUCCUGGUGAGGGAGACGCAAUGGCUGAGUACGUGAAGAGCGGCAUGCGAAUUCCUCGAAGAGGAGAGGUUGGCAUCUCCGCGGAGCAGAUUGACGGCCUGGAAGGCCUCGGUUACGUCAUGAGUGGCUCGCGACAUCGACGCAUGAACGCGGUGCGUAUCCGAAAGGAGAAUCAGGUCUACUCUGCCGAGGAGAAACGAGCUUUGGCCAUGUACAACUUCGAAGAGAAGGCAAAUCGCGAGUCCAUGCUGGUGGGCGAGCUUCGUGAACUGUUGGAGAAGCGACAGAAGGCCAUUGCCUCGGCGGUUGGAGAUGGCACCACGCUGAACGAUCGGUUCAGCUCCAUCGGCGAGCAGAAGAAAUUCCUCUGA